AUGCCAUAUUCCAUUAAUAAUCCAAUUAAAUUUCAUGGUGCUAAAGAUAAUGUUCUUGAAUGGAUUGAUGAACUGGAACAACAAUUUAAAACCAUCCAAUUAUGUGAUUCAGAUAAAUUAAAUUUGAUUCCCAUUUAUCUUAAAGGUGAAGCUUAUCAAUGGUUUCAACAACAUCAAACACAAUUAACAUCAUGGUCCAUCUUUAUCACCGAAAUAACUAAAUCAUUUACUUCAAAUUUACAACGUGAUUUAGCAUUUUAA